AUGGCACUUCGUGUUGAUUAUGAAGGGAGCAAUGAUGUAGGAGUGUUUUGCACUUUGACAAAUAGCUAUUGCCUCGUCGGCAUCGGCGGUACGCAGAAUUUCUACAGCACGGUAGAAGCUGAGCUGGCAGAUGUUAUUCCUGUUGUUCACUCAUCGAUCUCUUCUACUCGAAUCGUUGGUCGGGUAACUGUAGGAAACCGUCAUGGGCUACUAGUGCCAAAUGGUACCACGGAUCAAGAGCUGCAGCACCUGAGAAACUCACUACCAGACGAGGUUCGGUGA